AUGAGAAGGAUCUUUGGCAAGUUUGACUACAAGGAUCUGGCUGACUUGGUUGUGAGGGCACCCAUCCCCGUCAUCCUAGACCGCUUCGAGAACCUCCCACAUAAUGCGUUCACACGAUAUUUAGAAGAGGCAUUUCAAGACUGCUUUUACCCAGGCUUCCCUGAUCUCAUCGAGUGGAAUCCACCCGACAUACCACGAACGACUCCCGUGUGGCUGACGGACGAUGGACCUCAGGGCUCCCAUGCAGUACCGCAGGCAGGAACCCACGGAGAGGAUAUUCACCAACAGCCAGAACUCUUCGCUGCUGUUACUAGUCUGGCAGGUGCCCCCGGCUCAACUGAUUUGUCACAGCCUAUCUUACGCAGCAGGACGACAACCAACUGCAGCAUUCCUGAGCUCACGCGCCACGAGGAAAACAAAUUCGCCCAGGAUAUCAUUCUUUUGUGGAAGAAUUUGGGCAGGAAGACUUUAUCUUCAAUUGUUAUUGAGCCUCGCACUGCUAAGGAUGGGGCCUAUCAAGAAGCCGGAUCAUCGCUUGUGGACGUCCCAUGGGGCUUCAUAAUCCCCGGAGGCAGGUUUAGAGAAAUGUACUACUGGGAUUCCUACUGGACGAUUCGCGGUCUUUUAUACAGUGGCAUGAUUUCCACCGCUCGCGGCAUCAUUCUCAACUUCACAGACCUUAUUAGAAGAUUUGGAUUUAUUCCAAACGGAACGCGCUCUUACUACCUAACUCGAAGCCAGCCUCCUGUCUUCAGUAUGAUGCUUUCGGCCUACCACGCCUUUACUGGAGAUCUGGAGUCUCUGCACGUCUUAGCAUGCGGAGUAGGGACAUAUGGGAGUUUCUUAGGGGCAUUACACGUGGGUGCCGAAGUGCUUUUUGCCUUUAUAGCCUUAAGUGGGAGUGACGAUGAAAUGGGGUUGUUUGAUUUUGACAUAUCUAAGGGUCGACAGUCUAGGAGAGUUACGUCAGCUGGAGUUGCAGCCCUCCUCAUGCAGCUGCAUUCCCCAGUAAAGUUGCAAGCAUGUCGUCUCUUCGGCCACGACCGCAGUAGUCAUGGCAGUGAAGGCACCUGUACAUGCCUCAACCUGACACCCGCUGAACACGACGAGGAAAAAGCAGCUCACAGAGAGCAGACUACUCAGUUCGACACUGGACAGCAGUGGGAUGGAGCGAACUGCUGGCCACCGCUUCUUCAGAUGGCUGUAGAAGCGAUGAUUGAGCUUGGAAGUCAGGCCGCAGUGGAAGCAGUGAAAUCUAUGACGGACAGAUAUAUCUUUACCUGCAUGCAGGCUUACAAGAGACUAGGAGCACUACCGGAAAAGUCCUGCACUGCGACAUCUGGGUCGUGCGGGGCAGGAGGAGGUUACAAGUGCCAAACGGGCUUUGGGUGGAGCAUUGGCGUUGCACUUGAGCUGCUGUUUGUCAAGCGUGCAUCCUUCUGUGCAAAGGAAGUACAGAGAAGGCGCCGUAAAUUCGGGUCAGCAUCCUACAUGGAGGCCAUGAAAGCCGCUCAGAACGGCUGA